GCAUCCUGUACAACCAGAUACCCUUUCCUGACCUCUCUCUUUAUUCUCAAACAUACUUUUCUUCUUCAAUAAACUCAAAUUCUAUAUUCAAUUUCAUCUCCGGAUUCCUUUUUUGACUAUAUUUUUGCUGUUCGGUGUUCUUCAGAUCGACUCCAAACUUUCUGAUUCCCGCAGUUUUCAGGAAUUUGAUCAUUUCGCUAAAGCAGCAAUGGAAAGUGUUACUGAUAGAGAUUGCUUCUUCGAUAGCCGCGAUGAGAUCAGUUCAAUUUCAGGCUCAGAUUGUUCUGAGUCCUGCUAUGCCAGAAAUGGAGACGACGCAUUGGGGUACGAAAUCUGGACUAAUAACCCAGACAGCGUUGAUGUCCGCCGAAGCAGGCUUCUGAACUGGAUGGGGUUGGGCUCUGACUGGAAGAUGAACAACGAGGAUGAAAUCCAGACCGGUGAUAGGGUUAGGGAUAACAGCGAGACUGUCCUGGCAAAUGAAGAUUGCGCCUUUUCGGGCCGGGAUGAGGCUUUUGAAUAUGUUGAAGAGGAUGAUGAUGAAGAUUUGGUAGAAGAUGAAGGGGAGCAAGAGAAGUCAUUUCAAAAGGCAGUUGGAUCUUCAUCAUUGGUUCAGAAGUUGUUGCGCAGGGAUUCAAAGGAAUCUGAUAAUGCUUCUACCAAGAAGAAAUUGAAGACAAGUUGGUUUCAGAAACUGAUCGAAGAUCAGAGCAGGAAGAUUAAGAGCGCCCGUUUGAAUUUCAAAAGCUCUGAUUUGAAGUCCGGAAGUGGUAUGGAGAAAGUCAGAGUUCACACACACAAGAAGAACUCCAAAGAGCUUUCCUCACUCCACACAGGCCAGGAGUUUCAUGCCCACCAAGGUUCAAUCCUCACAAUGAAGUUCAGUCCUGAUGGUGAGUACCUAGCAAGUGCUGGAACUGAUGGAGUAGUGCGUGUCUGGAAAGUGGCUGCCACAGAAGCUCCUAAGAGUCUGAACCGUCAAGAUGCUGAUUUGUGCUUUUCCAUGAGUGAUUUGUGCAAAUUGACUUCACUUGACCAAGACAAGGAGAAGAUGGCCCAGGCGAAGAAAUUGAAGAAACCAUCAGAAUCAGCUUGUGUCAUACUCCCUCCCAAAGUGUUCCAGAUUCUGGAGAAACCAGUUCAUGAGUUCACAGGCCAUUCUGAUGAGGUUUUGGCGCUCUCCUGGUCGAGAAACGGGUUUUUGCUGUCAUCCUCUGUUGACAGUACCGCUCGCUUGUGGCAAGUUGGACAUGAUCAAUGCCUUGGAGUUUAUCCCCAUAACAAUUUUGUUACCUGUGUUGAAUUCAAUCCCAUGGAUGAAAAUUACUUCAUUAGCGGAUCAAUUGACGGAAAAGUGCGCCUUUGGGAGAUCCAGCGUGCCCGAGUGGUCGAUUGGAUCGAUGUGAAAGAAAUGGUAACCGCUGUAUGCUAUCGCCCUGAUGGCAUGGGUGGCGUUGUCGGGUCAAUGGAUGGAAGUUGCUUUUUCUAUGACAUUGAGGAGAACCGUUUGCAAUUAACAUCUCAAGUAAGCCUUCAAGGGAAGAAGAAGUUGAGCAGAAAGAGGAUCACCGGGUUUCAGUUUUGCCCGAAAGAUGGUAGUAAAGUUAUGGUCACGUCUGCAGACUCCCAAGUAAAGAUUCUCCACGGAUCAAACGUUGUUUGCAAGUUCAAAGGUUCCAGGAAUGGUGCAAGCCAAGUUCCAGCAACCUUCACAUCAGACGGAAAGCACGUUGUUUCAAUAUCCGAAGAUUCAAACGUUCACGUUUGGAACUUCGAAAACGAGUCUGGGAAUAAAAAAAACAUAUGGUCAUCCGAGAGUUUCUACUCAAACGAGGCAUCGAUCGCUAUUCCGUGGUGCGGUUUUGAAUCAAAUUCAACAAGUUUGCCCGGAGGACGACCGCUGUCAAACGGUGAGGCGGAUGAAGGUUUCACCAAGGGUCCGGGCUCUGCGGAUUGUUUCUCUUUGAGCCGAGGGUUUUUCUUAGACUCCUUGACCAACAAGGUUUCCCCUGCAUGGCCUGAAGAAACCCUUUCCGAGGAGUCCAGUCCUGUGAUGAUAUCGCCUUCCAUUCCCAAGCCCGAUUACAAAAUUUUGAAGAAUGCUUGGCAAAGUGCAUAUGAGUCUCCCAACUUGUGGGGGAAUGUGGUUGUUACCGCUGGGUUGGAUGGACGCAUCAGAACAUUUCUUAACUAUGGUUUACCCACUCGUUUCUGAGAAGUGUUUUUUCACCAGUGUACAUUGUUGCUGUAUAGGGAGGGGUUAGGUUUAUAGCAUUGGCAUGAACAUUGGAGAUUAUAGAAGAAAGUAAUUCGUUUUGUAUUCAGAUAGGAAAACCAUAAAGCAGAAAUUCCCAUUAUGUAAUUAAUACUUGCAUCAAAAUUGUGUUAUUGCAAAUUUGCAAUAUCUUUGAUCCAAAUGUUUUUGUUGGAUACAUUGAAAGAAAUAUCUUUGAUCCAAUUUUCUUAACAAGAUAUUGAGUGAUC